CAUCGUGGUAACCGCAGUAAUCAGUAAUCAGUAAUCAGCCCCAAAAAAGCUGGGAACUGAAGACACUUUUCUCUAACUUUCUUCGAAAACCUCAAAACCCCGAACUUAUCUUUUCCUCAAAUCUCAGUUUUCUCUAAUUCCCUUCAGAUCUGAACUCAAAAACCCUAAUCAUCCAUCGAUCUUACGAUUCGAUUCCUCAGCUGCCGUAACCGUUUAUUCUUCGGCUGCGGCGCAAUGUCGAGCUUCCACGUCGGCGGCAAGGUGGUUGACCGCGUCGAUUUGAUGCGGAAGAAACAACUGCCGUGGCGAAUCGACGUUUGGCCCUUCGCCGUUCUCUACGGCGUAUGGCUCGCCUCGAUCCUCCCGAGCCUGGACUUCGUCGACGCCGCCAUCGUUUUCGGCGGCCUCGUUGCUCUCCAUAUCCUCGUUUGGCUUUUCACCGGUUGGUCCGUUGAUUUCAAGUGUUUUGCACAUUACAGCAAGGUCAGAGAUAUUCACCAAGCUGAUUCUUGCAAGAUAACGCCGGCGAAGUUUUCUGGUUCCAAAGAGGUCGUGCCGCUCAGGUUUCGGAAAAUUCCUGCAGGUUCUUCAUCGGCGACGGAUCUGGAGGAGAUUUACUUUGAGUUUAGAAAACAGUGUUUUGUAUUUUCAAAUGAGAAGGGAACAUUUUGCAAACUUUCUUAUCCUACAAAGGAAACAUUUGGACAUUAUCUCAAGUGUAGUGGGCAUGGCUCUGAAGCUAAAAUCCUUGCUGCUACAGAGAAAUGGGGGCGGAAUGUAUUUGAUUAUCCUCAGCCAACCUUUCAGAAAUUGAUGAAAGAGCAUUGCAUGGAGCCUUUUUUUGUUUUUCAGGUUUUCUGUGUGGGUCUCUGGUGUUUGGAUGAAUAUUGGUAUUACAGUUUGUUCACUCUAUUUAUGCUGUUCAUGUUUGAAUCAACCAUGGCAAAGAGUCGGUUGAAGACUCUUACUGAGUUAAGGCGUGUUAGAGUGGAUAGUCAGAUCCUUAUGGUCCAUCGUGGUGGCAACAAUUGUGAAUGAAGCUAUUCUGACAGGCGAGUCUACUCCUCAAUGGAAGGUUUCAAUCAUGGGAAGGGGAAAUGAGGAGAAGUUGUCAAUAAGGCGAGAUAAAAGUCAUGUCUUAUUUGGUGGAACCAAAAUACUGCAGCACACUCCAGAUAAGACUUUCCCUCUGAAAACGCCUGAUGGUGGCUGCCUGGCUGUUGUGCUUAGAACAGGGUUUGAAACUAGUCAAGGAAAGUUGAUGCGAACAAUCUUAUUCUCCACAGAAAGGGUUACUGCCAAUAGCUGGGAAAGUGGACUGUUCAUCUUAUUCUUGGUUGUAUUUGCUCUGAUUGCUGCUGGUUAUGUGCUUAUCAAGGGAUUAGAAGAUCCCACAAGAAGCAAGUACAAACUUAUACUAAGUUGUUCACUUAUUGUUACUUCUGUGAUUCCGCCCGAGUUACCGAUGGAGUUAUCAAUUGCUGUGAAUACUUCCCUGAUUGCAUUGGCGCGACGUGGGAUAUUUUGCACAGAGCCUUUCCGAAUACCAUUUGCUGGGAAGGUUGAUAUAUGUUGUUUUGACAAGACUGGGACACUGACAUCUGAUGACAUGGAAUUUUCUGGAGUUGUUGGUUUGAAUGGAACCACUGAUUUGGAAUCUGACAUGAGUAGAGUGCCAGUGCGAACUGUAGAAAUCCUGGCUUCUUGCCAUGCUUUGGUAUUUGUUGAUAAUAAGCUGGUUGGUGAUCCUCUUGAGAAGGCUGCACUUAAGGGAAUUGAUUGGAGUUAUAAAUCUGAUGAGAAGGCUGUUCCAAAAAAGGGUAGUGGCCAACCUGUCCAAAUUGUUCAGCGGUACCAUUUUGCAUCUCACUUAAAACGAAUGGCUGUUAUUGUUCGCAUUCAGGAGGAGUUUUUUGCCUUUGUGAAGGGUGCCCCAGAAAUUAUUCAAGAUAGGCUCAUUGACGUACCACCAUCAUAUGUUGAAACCUACAAGAAAUAUACGCGUCAGGGGUCUCGUGUUCUUGCUUUGGCCUACAAGUCUCUUCCUGACAUGACAGUCAGUGAAGCUAGAGGCUUGGAUAGGGAUGGAGUAGAGAGUGGACUUACUUUUGCUGGUUUUGUGGUAUUUAAUUGUCCUAUAAGGUCAGAUUCGGCUAUUGUUUUAUCCGAACUGAAAGGGUCUUCACAUGACUUGGUGAUGAUUACUGGUGACCAAGCUCUGACAGCUUGCCAUGUUGCCAGCCAAGUUCAUAUUAUAUCAAAACCUACAUUAAUCCUUGGCCCAGCAAGUGAUGGUGUGGGAUAUAAAUGGAUGUCCCCUGAUGAGACUGCAAAUAUUCCCUACAGCGAGAAAGAGGUUGAGUCUUUAUCGGAAACUCAUGAUCUGUGUGUUGGAGGUGAUUGCUUUGAAAUGUUGCAACAGUCAUCAGCUCAUCUUCGAGUUAUUCCUUAUGUGAAGGUGUUUGCUAGAGUUGCACCUGAACAGAAAGAACUUAUCCUGACCACUUACAAGACAGUGGGACGGAUAACUUUGAUGUGUGGGGAUGGAACCAAUGAUGUUGGGGCAUUGAAACAGGCCCAUGUAGGAGUUGCUCUUCUAAAUGCGAUACCUCCAACUCAAAGUGGAAACUCCUCUAAAGAGUCAGCUGGGGAAGAAGGUUCAAAAUCUGUCAAAACAAAAUCAGAUCCUAUCAACCGUCAUCAGGCAGCUGUUGAUAUGCAACGACAGAAGCUCAAGAAGAUGUUUGAAGAGCUUAACGAGGAAGAUGGCCGUGCCCCCGUUGUCAAGCUUGGUGAUGCGUCAAUGGCAUCCCCUUUCACUGCAAAGCAUGCAUCUGUUGCUCCCACCACUGACAUAAUUCGUCAAGGUCGGAGUACCCUGGUGACAACCCUCCAGAUGUUUAAAAUUUUGGGCCUCAACUGCCUUGCUACUGCAUACGUGUUGAGUGUCAUGUAUCUGGAUGGUGUCAAGCUAGGUGAUGUGCAGGCCACAAUAAGUGGUGUCUUCACUGCUGCGUUUUUCCUCUUUAUCUCCCAUGCUCGCCCUCUUCCCACCCUCUCAGCUGAACGUCCCCACCCCAAUAUCUUCUGUGCUUAUGUUUUCCUUUCCCUUAUGGGGCAAUUUGCCAUUCACUUAUUAUUCUUGAUCUCAUCUGUGAAAGAGGCUGAAAAAUACAUGCCAGAUGAAUGCAUCGAACCAGAUGCAGAUUUUCAUCCCAACUUGGUCAACACUGUUUCAUACAUGGUCAGCAUGAUGCUUCAGGUUGCUACUUUUGCCGUGAACUACAUGGGCCAUCCCUUCAACCAGAGUAUCUCAGAAAACAAGCCGUUCCGGUAUGCUCUUAUAGCAGCCGUAGGUUUCUUUACAGCGAUUACAUCUGAUCUCUUCAGGGACUUAAAUGACUGGCUGAAGUUGGUGCCACUCCCAGUGGGAUUGAGGGACAAACUAUUAAUAUGGGCACUUCUAAUGUUUUUGAUAUGCUACUCAUGGGAGAGACUAUUGAGAUGGGCCUUCCCUGGCAAGAUCCCUGCAUGGAAGAAGCGCCAAAGGCACGCGGUAUCUAACUUUGAAAAGAAAAAAGAGGUCUAGUUAGGAGAAAUACUUGGCACGAUGAAUUUUGUUAGUCUCAUAGUUAUUUUCCCAUUUGAUGGACGGAGAGAUUAUCUAAUGUCAAAAAUCAUUUUUGGGAGAAAGGUAUGAAUUUUAGAGCUCGUGCCCUCCCUAGUUAUCUCAGAUGUUUUGCUUAGUACAGGAGUUUUUUAUUGUUUAGAUGCUACUAUUCAUUUUACCAAACACAGGAACGAACUUAAACUAAUUUUCCUUUGCAACUUCUUACCAAGUUAAACGAGUUUAUUUGAAUAUUUGGAUCAAUGAUAAGAACGUGUUUAAUUGCA